GCUGAUUCGACUGGUUCUGGAUAGGACUGAACGUUACGGUUUCGUAGAAAGAGAGUUAGUAUUAAUAGAUAUGUUAAACAUGAAUAAUAACGGUGGUGGAAAUAACGAGAACGAAGGGAACUAUCGGAAUGGGGGAGGACGACAAUAUAACGAGUGUGGUAAGCCUGGCCAUUUUGCUCGAGACUGUUGGUCCAAGUGGGGUCGCCUAGUUCAAUAAGAGGAUGAUAUCCACGUUUUUGUCAGGGAUCUGAUGAAGGAGAAGGAGGAAGAACGAAAGAAGAGAAGAGAGGAAGAACAGAAACGAUUGAAGGAGGAGGAGGAGCGAAGAAGGGAGAUGGAUAUUGUCAAGAGAACAAGGAGAUGAAUCUACAGUUACAAGCCGAGAUUGCAGAGAAGUGGCGUAAACGGCAAGAGGAGGCUACCGAGAAGGCGAAGGCAGUUGAGAAGAUGAGAGAGAGAGAGAAGACAGAGAUGGUAGUGAAGAACGUGAGUCUGAAGAUCUCAUCCAAGAUAUCGCCAAAGAUAUCGCCUAAGGACAAGAUCAGUAAGAAGGGCAAGUCGAAGAAGAAGAAGGCAAUGAGACAUAACACGAAGAGGAGAGCAAGCAAACGGGUGGUAGACAUGAGCACGUCUUCAGAUUCAGACGACACCAGCAGUUCCGACUUCGAAGAUUUGAGCGAUACGGAGGAAGAAGCUCUACGGGUGAUCAGACUUCUUCGACAAGAGAAAAAAAGGACGAAGUCUAAGAAGUCGACAUCACGAGGAAGACAGGCUAGGAGAACUCAGAACACUGUCGUCGAGAUAGGCGAUGAUUUAAGGAGAGCUCCCAUCAAGACCUAUGAGAGAGGGGAAUGCUCCAAGAAAUCGACCACACCUACGUCUCCUGAGAAUGCUGGAAUCAAUGAACCAAGGACUCUGUUGGAAAGUGGUUACAAAGGCAUAUCGGCUGGCUGCUCUCGCGAAGGUUUUAUGGACUACUCCAUGGCUGUAAUGCAGGAGUACUCAGCGAAGAAAGUCCAUCAACUCCAAGCACUGUGUGAGAAGCAAGGGAUCAAGUCCACGAAGAAGGGGGAUAUGAUAAUGGAGCUGGUCAAGAGGCAAACUGAACUAACAUAUGAAGGAUGCUUCGAUACGCCGAACAAGAAAGGAAAAACGGCCGUUGGCGAGAAUCCGGAAGAAGAGAGGACAGGUGCUACUACGACGGGGACAGGGAGGACGACGGUGAACACCAGAGGCAAGACUCGCGAGGCUUCCACCCCACGGGUUAUACUCCGUUCGGCACCAGCGAGGAAGAUGGACAUCACGUCCGAUUGAUUGACGGUGCCCCCGUCUGCCGGCGAACUGUGGAAGACAUUGAGAUCCUGCAUGGAUGCACUGUCUACCCUCUGGGGGCAGGGUGUAUCCGGUGAGCGAGUAACGACGUUAGAAAGGAGGAUCAGCACGACGAUGAUUCUCCUCGGCCUUACGGGAGAAGUUAGGUGGAUUAGCAAGUAUUUGGAUUUUAUGAUGAUGGAUGAUGACACAUUAGACCUCAACUCUCGUGUUACCUACAUCAUCACGAGUCCUUGGGCCAAGCGCGUCUACGUGGGAUGUACGUCCAAAUCUAUAAUCCAACGAUGGAAGCAACACAUCUAUGAGGCGAAGGACUGGGAAAAUCUCCACAUCUUCAUAGAUGGAUGAGGAGAUUUGGCCUGGAUAAAUUCGUAAUUAUCCC